AUUUUUUUCCUAGGAGGCUGAUGCAAAGAGCCAGGUUUCCCAAAUGUUAUCUGUCUCUUGAUUAGUAUCUUCUCUGUUUUGGCCAUAGACACUUCUUAUGACUUUGUUACAGGGACUCUAGUCUUUGUACCCAUAAGUCCCAGGCUCUCUUCAAAGCCGGCAGCUCCUUCUCUCCCAUGGCCAGGAACUCCAGCCACGCUACAGGCCUGAGGGUGCAGUUGCCCCUACUCUGCUUCGUCUUUCAAGCAGCCAUCGUUAUCCUCUUUUCAUUUUUUGUCCGGUACAACCAUGAGACAGACUCCUCCCUCUGGCACCAAAGCAACCACAGCGAUAUGGAAAAUGACUUUUAUUUUCGCUACCCAAGUUUCCAAGAUGUCCAUACCAUGAUCUUCAUUGGUUUUGGUUUUCUAAUGACCUUCCUACAACGCUAUGGGUUCAGCAGCAUUGGCUUCAACUUUCUCCUGUCAGCCUUUUCUUUGCAGUGGUCCACUUUGGUCCAGGGUUUCUUCCACUCCUUUCAUGGAGGCAAGAUCUACAUUGGUGUGGAAAGCAUGAUCAACGCUGAUUUCUGCACUGGAGCUGUUCUGAUUUCAUUUGGGGCAGUGUUGGGCAAGACAAGCCCUGUACAGCUGCUGCUCAUGUCUCUACUAGAGGUGACACUAUUUGGGGUCAAUGAGUUCAUCCUCCUCAGUCUUCUUGGGGUGAAAGAUGCUGGCGGCUCCAUGACCAUCCACACCUUUGGUGCCUACUUUGGGCUUGUUCUCUCCAGAGUUCUUUACCGAUCUCAUCUGGACAAGAGCAAACACCGGGAAGGCUCUGUCUACCACUCGGACCUCUUUGCCAUGAUCGGAACCAUCUUUCUGUGGAUCUUUUGGCCAAGCUUCAACUCAGCCCCCACAAAUACUGGGGAUGGUCAGCACCGAACAGCCCUCAACACAUACUACUCCCUGGGGGCCAGCACCUUGAGCACCUUUGCCUUAUCAGCACUCCUAAGCAGAGAGGGGAAGCUGGACAUGGUCCACAUCCAGAAUGCAGCACUGGCAGGUGGGGUAGUUGUGGGGACUUCUGGGGAAAUGAUGAUUACACCUUUUGGGGCUCUGAUGGCUGGAUUCCUGGCUGGGACCAUCUCUACCCUGGGAUACAAGUUCCUCACGCCCAUUCUUGAAUCAAAGUUCAAAGUCCAAGACACAUGUGGAGUCCAUAACCUCCAUGGGAUGCCAGGGGUCCUGGGAGCCCUCCUUGGUGCUCUUGUGGCUGGGCUAGCCACCCAUCAAACCUAUGGAGAUGGAUUGAAAAGUGUAUUUCCCCUGAUUGCUGAAGGCCAUCGAAGUGCAACAUCUCAGGCUGUAUAUCAACUUUUUGGGCUCUUUGUCACCCUGGUGUUGGCUUCACUGGGUGGAGGAAUUGGAGGCCUUCUGCUGAGGCUCCCCUGCCUGAGUUCCCCUCCUGAUUCCCAGUGUUAUGAGGACCAGAUCUAUUGGGAGGUCCCUCUUGAGCAUGAAGAUGAAGUCCAGGGACAUUUGAGGUCUGAGGACACAGAGACCCAGGCCUAAAUUUCGACCCUUUGCAAGAAUUAUCAUUCUUGUUUGGGGGAAGGGGAGUUCUCUGGGCCUUCUCUAAGGGAUGAUGAGGGUAGAUUAUGACCAAUGAAUAUGGGAGAGGCUCUUCCUCACCCCUUUUGUUGGGAAGUUUUUUGAUGUCUCUUGCUGCAAACAGAGAAAUAUUCACCAAUUAAGAGCAAUCCUUGUUUUGGAAAGAUUGCAGGGGCUGGGCCAGGAGACCUGCAAUGGUAGGGGCACAGGCAGGGAUAAGA